AGUGCCCCUGUUCUAAUCUAAUAAUUCCCCACCUCCCUCUCUCUCUCUCUCUUCUCUCGCCCGUUCUAUUUAUAUCCCGUUUCCGUUCGUCUCGAAAACCAGAACCGCGGCGCCGCUGGUUCCUCUCUCAAGGGAUUCGACGAGAUUUUGGAACGAGUCCGCGUGUUGGGUUCGGCUGGGCGCCCGCCUACUCUUGUCCUUCUUCCUCCGUUGUGCGUUUUAAAUAAGGGAUCGUUCGGGGGCUGGGCGAGAAGGGAGAGAGGAGAAGGGCAUUUUGGGUGAGGAUUUUUCUUCGGAGAAGGGAGAGAGGAAGAUGGUGUCUUUGGUGUCGCGGCAGGGGAGGCAAUUGCAGCGGUACAACAGGAGCGGGUGCCGGCUCGUUGUCGGAUGCAUUCCUUACAAAUUCAUCAUCGACAAGCCAUGCAGUGAUGAUCUCGAUCAAGCAGUCGAGGUCCUUGUCAUUAGUUCUCAGAAAGGAUAUGGGAUGAUGUUCCCAAAGGGAGGUUGGGAAACUGAUGAAACAAUCAAACAAGGAGCCUCAAGGGAGGCAUUGGAGGAAGCUGGUGUCCAGGGAACUGUUGAGCGUAGACUUGGUAGAUGGAAAUACAAGAGCAAAACACAUGAUGCAUUUUAUGAGGGUAUCAUGUUCCCUUUGAAUGUGACAGAUGUACUAGUAGACUGGCCUGAGAUGGAUGUGCGCAAACGGAGAUGGGUGACGGUGGCUGAAGCAAGAGAGGGAUGCAAGCCCUUGUGGAUGAAAGAAGCCUUGGAGAGGUUGGUAACACGGCUCGCAAAUUCGAGCAGAAAUAGGACAAUUUCAGCGGCAUAGCGUAUCUGUUUCAGCAACAAGAACAAGAUCUUUCAUUUUGCUUGUAUAUAAUUCAUUUUUUUUUGCUGUUGUUUUACUGUUAGGAUUCUUUUUUCUUUUUUUUUCCUUUUCUUUUCGGUAACAAUUGGCAAAUAGAGAACUUUGCCUUCAGUUAACUCCAAGUUAGCUACAUCUGUUCAUGUCCUCCAUUUGCCUGAAAGUGGUCCAAUAAAAUUGAGGACAACUCAUAGCACUGAAGUGUUGUAAGUAUGAGCCUGUGCCUUCUUUUUCUACCAA